GACACGGGAAAAUAUGUUCCUGGAAGAAAAGGCUACAAACAGGCUGCGUUGGCUGGAAACCAGAAGAGAAGCCAUAACAGUAGAAAAGUUCUAGAAAUAUUUUCAUGCAGAAGCUACAAGAACAAAAAGCUUAUUUUCAUUGAUAGCUUGUUACAGCUCUGAAGAGGGUUUGUAUGAGAUGCCUCCAGAACAGCAGGGAACUGAAUUCAGUAAACCAGAGACUUGUCUCAGCUCCUGUGGAGAGCAGGGACUCACAUGAAGAAUAUUACAUCAGCAUUAGGAGAACAAGCAUAACAAAGAAACUUGUCAUCUCCAAAGAAAUUAAUCUAUGUCUUUUGAUUUCCAAAUGGGAUCAAUGGUCCUCUUCUUCUUGGACCCAGGUCUUUCCCAUAUCCCAUGCAAGUUAACCCAUUGGUGAGGGGCAAAACAUCAUUUAACAAAUUACAAACACUUGUUGCAGCCACCAAAAAAGAAAGGUUCCUUCACUCCAAACAUGCACCUCAUUUUCUGAUGCAAACCUGCUGCUUCCCACAUGUCUUUGUGCCCAUUUCUGCGUGCUCUGCUGUCAUGUCACAGGAUGCUCCAGGCUUUUGCCUUGAAUUUUGCGUUGAAGUUCAUGCUUUUCUUCCACCACCAGCUGUGGCCAAUGACUGGCCAUGUGAAAUAAUUUCAAAAGAAGAUGAAGUGUAUCCUGUGCCUGUGUUUACUCCUUGCUGUUCUUUGUGCUGUAACCCAUUGUCGCCAUGAAGAUAUUUGCCAUGAAGUCAACAAUACUAAUCUGCAAGACGGAACUGAAAAUUUAUUAACACAUAACUGUGACAAGCAAGGCUCAAACUAUGCAGAUUUUGUAUUUAGAUUUUACAAGCAGGCUAUAUCAAAGGAAGCUGAUGAAAACGUUUUCUUUUCUCCCAUGAGCAUCUCCACUGCAUUUGCCAUGCUGGCUGUUGGUGCUAAGUCAACCACCCUGUCUCAGAUUUUUGGAGGACUGGGCUUUGACAAUCUGACUGAGGCUCGCAUACAUGAAAUACAUGACAGUUUUCACAAAGUUUUAUCCAUACUGAACUGUGCUGAUGCUAAUAUCACAUUAAAUAUAGGAAAUGCCAUUUUUACAGCUACUGGGUAUGAACCACAGGAGUCAUUUUUACAAAAUAUCAAACAAUUUUAUGAUGCAGAUUUUUUUUAUAGCGAUUUCCAUAAACCAGAAGAAACUAAGAAGCAAAUCAAUAAAUAUAUAGAGGAGAAAACCAAGGGGAAAAUUCCUGAAUUAGUUGGUCAUCUUGAACCAAGUACUGUACUAGUUCUAACUAACUACAUUUAUUUUAAAGCUGCCUGGGAAAAGUCUUUUGAUCCUUUGCGUACAUAUGAGGAUGAUUUUUUUGUGAACACAAAUGCAUCUGUUAGAGUCAACAUGAUGCAGCAUGACAGUAUCACUAACAGUUACUACGACCAGGAUCUCUCCUGUGAGGUGAUAGAGCUGCCUUACCAGGGCACUGCACGAGCGUUGCUCAUUCUGCCUGAUGAUGGAAAGAUGAAGCAAGUGGAAGAUGCUCUCUCCAAGGAAACUCUUUGUAAAUGGAAUAACAAACUUAUGCCCAGGAGAUUAAAUCUGCAGUUACCGAAGUUUUCUAUUAGUGGGUCUUACGAUGUUAAAAAACUGUUUGAGAAAAUGGGCAUUACUGAAGUGUUCUCAGGUAAUGCUGAUCUGUCUGGAAUUAGUGGCAGCCAUGAUCUCCAGGUUUCACAAGCAAUUCACAAGGCCCUGCUGGAAGUUGAUGAGGCUGGAUCUGAAGCUGCAGGAGCCACUGCUGUAAUCUCUACCAGACUUCUGUAUCCUUCUGUUACCAUCAAAUUCAACAAGCCCUUCCUUAUUUUGAUCUCUGACAAGCUAACUGGCACUACACUUUUCAUGGGGAAAAUUGUUGAUCCUACUAAAAAGUAAUUGCCGAGUUAUUUGGCAUAUUGGUGUUGGGCACGAGUUGUAAUGGGUACAGUGUUCGCAUUCAUGGGCUAGUUAGUGCUACUAACUACUCUCUGAUUGAGGGAUAUUCAGAAGUAAAUGAGGAAUUCCUCGUCAAAUUAAUAAGAAAAAAUUAUUAAAAAAAUCUCAUCAAGUAACGCUUUUUAAAUGUCACAUUUUCCCCAGUUGAGUAAUUAUAGUGGGUUUGCAUGGCAAGGUUUUGGUAGCAGGUGGGGCUACAGGAGUGGCUCCUCUGAGAAGCUGGUAGAAGCUUCCCUCACGUCCAACAGAGCCAAGGCCAGCCGGCUCCAGGACAGAGCUGGCACUGGCCGAUGCCGAGCCCAUCAGAGAUGAUAGUAAUGCUUCCAUAAUAACAUAUUUAAGAAGGGAAAAAAAGCUAUUUUGCAGAAGUAAUUGCAGCCAGAGAAGAGCAGAGUGAGAAUAAGAGAAAGAAACAGCCCUGCAGACACCCAGGUCAGUGCAGAAUGAGAGGGAGGAGGUGAUCCAGGUGCCAGAGCAGAGAUUCCCCUGCAGCCCAUGGUGAAAAACUUGGUGAGGCAGCUGUGCCUGUGCAACCCCUGGAGGGAUGCAGCGAUCCAUCUGCAGUCUGUGUAGGAGGUGGAUGUCCAAAGGAGACUGCGAUACAUGGGAAACCCACACUGGAGCAGGUUCCUGGCAGGAUCUGUCAAUCCAUGGAGAGAGGAACUCAUGCUAGAGCAGGUUUCCUGGCAGGACUUGUGACCCUGUGGGGGACCUAGGAUGGAACAGCCUGUUCCUGAAGGACUGCACCCCAUGGAAGGGACCCAUCCUGUAGCAAUUCAUGAAGAACUGUAGUCCAUGGAAAGGACUCACACUGGAGAAGCUUGUGGAGGACUAUUACCUAUGGGAGGGACCCCAUACUGGAACAGGGGUAGGACUCCCUGAGGAGGGAGCAGCAGCAGAAACAGCAUGUGAUGAACUGAUCAUAACUCCCGUUCCCUGUCUCCUUGCACUGCUGUGGGGGAGAAGGUAGUGCCUGGGCAGAAGGGAUGGGUAGGGGGAAGGUGUUUUUAAGAUUUGUUUUACUUCUCAUUAUCCUGCUGUGUUUUUGAUUGCUAAUAAAUUAAUUUAAUUUCCCCAA